GCACCUCCGCGCUCCUGCGCCGCCUCGGCGCGCCCGGCCGCCGAUGCGCUCAGUGGCCGAAGCUCCUCGGAGUCCCGCGGCGGGCACCGAGUGUCGCCCCUUCGCCGCAGCCAAGUGGCCCGGGUGGCGCUCGCUCCAGGGGCCGGCGCCGCGGAGCGGGCGGGGCGGCGGCGGCGGCGCGGCCUCUGGACAGUAUCCCUCCGCCGCCCCUCCCCCGCCCGGACCUGGCCCCCCUCCCUCCCGGCAGCGCUCGCCUCCCUCCGCCUCAGACUGUUUUGGUUGCAACGGCAACGGCGGCGGCGAGUUCCGGCCCGGCUCCCCGCAGCUCCUCGGUCUCGGCGGGCCUCCCCGCCCCUUCGUCGUCCUCCUUCUCCCCCUCGGCAGCCCGAGUGCCCCCCCGGCCGCGCCAACCCGCGCCUCCCCGCUCAGCGCCCGCGCGUCCCCGCCGCGCUCCGGCGUCUCCUCGGCGCGCCCAGCUCCCGGCUGUCCCCGCCCGGCGUGCGAGCCGGUGUAUGGGCCCCUCACCAUGUCGCUGAAGCCCCAGCAGCAGCAGCAGCAGCAGCAGCCGCAGCAGCCGCCGCCGCCGCCGCCGCCCGCGGCUGCCAAUGUCCGCAAGCCCGGCGGCAGCGGCCUUCUAGCGUCGCCCGCCGCCGCGCCUUCGCCGUCGUCGUCUUCGGUCUCCUCGUCCUCGGCCACGACUCCUUCCUCGGCGGCCGCUGCGACCUCCGGCGGCGGGAGGCCCGGCCUGGGCAGAGGUCGAAACAGUAACAAAGGACUGCCUCAGUCUACGAUUUCUUUUGACGGAAUCUAUGCAAAUAUGAGGAUGGUUCAUAUACUUACAUCAGUUGUUGGCUCCAAAUGUGAAGUACAAGUGAAAAAUGGAGGUAUAUAUGAAGGAGUUUUUAAAACCUACAGUCCGAAGUGUGAUUUGGUACUUGAUGCCGCACAUGAGAAAAGUACAGAAUCCAGUUCGGGGCCAAAACGUGAAGAAAUAAUGGAGAGUAUUUUGUUCAAAUGUUCAGACUUUGUUGUGGUACAGUUUAAAGAUAUGGACUCCAGUUAUGCAAAAAGAGAUGCUUUUACUGACUCUGCUAUCAGUGCUAAAGUGAAUGGCGAACACAAAGAGAAGGACCUGGAGCCCUGGGAUGCAGGUGAACUCACAGCCAAUGAGGAACUUGAGGCUUUGGAAAAUGAUGUAUCUAAUGGAUGGGAUCCCAAUGAUAUGUUUCGAUAUAAUGAAGAAAAUUAUGGUGUAGUGUCUACGUAUGAUAGCAGUUUAUCUUCAUAUACGGUGCCCUUAGAAAGAGAUAACUCAGAAGAAUUUUUAAAACGGGAAGCAAGGGCAAACCAGUUAGCAGAAGAAAUUGAGUCAAGUGCCCAGUACAAAGCUCGAGUGGCCCUGGAAAAUGAUGAUAGGAGUGAGGAAGAAAAAUACACAGCAGUUCAGAGAAAUUCCAGUGAACGUGAGGGGCACAGCAUAAACACUAGGGAAAAUAAAUAUAUUCCUCCUGGACAAAGAAAUAGAGAAGUCAUAUCCUGGGGAAGUGGGAGACAGAAUUCACCGCGUAUGGGCCAGCCUGGAUCGGGCUCCAUGCCAUCAAGAUCCACUUCUCACACUUCAGAUUUCAACCCGAAUUCUGGUUCAGACCAAAGAGUAGUUAAUGGAGGUGUUCCCUGGCCAUCGCCUUGCCCAUCUCCUUCCUCUCGCCCACCUUCUCGCUACCAGUCAGGUCCCAACUCUCUUCCACCUCGGGCAGCCACCCCUACACGGCCGCCCUCCAGGCCCCCCUCGCGGCCAUCCAGACCCCCGUCUCACCCCUCUGCUCAUGGUUCUCCAGCUCCUGUCUCUACUAUGCCUAAACGCAUGUCUUCAGAAGGGCCUCCAAGGAUGUCCCCAAAGGCCCAGCGACAUCCUCGAAAUCACAGAGUUUCUGCUGGGAGGGGUUCCAUAUCCAGUGGCCUAGAGUUUGUAUCCCACAACCCACCCAGUGAAGCAGCUACUCCUCCAGUAGCAAGGACCAGUCCCUCGGGGGGAACGUGGUCAUCAGUGGUCAGUGGGGUUCCAAGAUUAUCCCCUAAAACUCAUAGACCCAGGUCUCCUAGACAGAACAGUAUUGGAAAUACCCCCAGUGGGCCAGUUCUUGCUUCUCCCCAAGCUGGUAUUAUUCCAACUGAAGCUGUUGCCAUGCCUAUUCCAGCUGCAUCUCCUACGCCUGCUAGUCCUGCAUCGAACAGAGCUGUUACCCCUUCUAGUGAAGCUAAAGAUUCCAGGCUUCAAGAUCAAAGGCAGAACUCUCCUGCAGGAAAUAAAGAAAAUAUUAAGCCCAAUGAAACAUCACCUAGCUUCUCAAAGGCUGAAAACAAAGGUAUAUCACCAAUUGUUUCUGAACAUAGAAAACAGAUUGAUGAUUUAAAGAAAUUUAAGAAUGAUUUUAGGUUACAGCCAAGUUCUACUUCUGAAUCUAUGGAUCAACUACUAAACAAAAAUAGAGAGGGAGAAAAAUCAAGAGAUUUGAUCAAAGACAAAAUUGAACCAAGUGCUAAGGAUUCUUUCACUGAAAAUAGCAGCAGCAACUGUACCAGUGGCAGCAGCAAGCCGAAUAGCCCCAGCAUUUCCCCUUCAAUACUUAGUAACACGGAGCACAAGAGGGGACCUGAGGUCACUUCCCAAGGGGUUCAGACUUCCAGUCCAGCAUGUAAACAAGAGAAAGAUGAUAAGGAAGAGAAGAAAGACGCAGCUGAGCAAGUUAGGAAAUCAACAUUGAAUCCUAAUGCAAAGGAGUUCAACCCACGUUCCUUCUCUCAGCCAAAGCCUUCUACUACCCCAACUUCACCUCGGCCUCAAGCACAACCUAGCCCAUCUAUGGUGGGUCAUCAACAGCCAACUCCAGUUUAUACUCAGCCUGUUUGUUUUGCACCAAAUAUGAUGUAUCCAGUCCCAGUGAGCCCAGGCGUGCAACCUUUAUACCCAAUACCUAUGACGCCCAUGCCAGUGAAUCAAGCCAAGACCUAUAGAGCAGGUAAAGUUAAAUACCUAGAAUUGGAAUUGCUGAGGUAUGUACCAAAUAUGCCCCAACAGCGGCAAGACCAGCAUCAUCAGAGUGCCAUGAUGCAUCCAGCGUCAGCAGCGGGUCCACCAAUUGCAGCCACCCCACCAGCUUACUCCACGCAAUAUGUUGCCUAUAGUCCUCAGCAGUUCCCAAAUCAGCCCCUUGUUCAGCAUGUGCCACAUUAUCAGUCUCAGCAUCCUCAUGUCUAUAGUCCUGUAAUACAGGGUAAUGCUAGAAUGAUGGCACCACCAACACAUGCCCAGCCUGGUUUAGUAUCUUCUUCAGCAACUCAGUACGGGGCUCAUGAGCAGACGCAUGCGAUGUAUGCAUGUCCCAAAUUACCAUACAACAAGGAGACAAGCCCUUCUUUCUACUUUGCCAUUUCCACGGGCUCCCUUGCUCAGCAGUAUGCGCACCCUAAUGCUACCCUGCACCCACAUACUCCACACCCUCAGCCUUCAGCUACCCCCACUGGACAGCAGCAAAGCCAACAUGGUGGAAGUCAUCCUGCACCCAGCCCUGUUCAGCACCAUCAGCACCAGGCCGCCCAGGCUCUCCAUCUGGCCAGUCCACAGCAGCAGUCAGCCAUUUACCACGCGGGGCUUGCGCCAACUCCACCCUCCAUGACACCUGCCUCCAACACGCAGUCGCCACAGAAUAGUUUCCCAGCAGCACAACAGACCGUCUUUACAAUCCAUCCUUCUCACGUUCAGCCGGCGUAUACCAACCCACCCCAUAUGGCCCACGUACCUCAGUGCGCCAGUGAGGCUCUGGCAAGGUGUGGGCUAGAGAUGCGACUCAGUUGGAUCUAUCUCUCAGAAGGCUACCUUGCUCAUGUACAGUCAGGAAUGGUUCCUUCUCAUCCAACUGCCCAUGCGCCAAUGAUGCUAAUGACGACACAGCCACCCGGCGGUCCCCAGGCCGCCCUCGCUCAAAGUGCACUACAGCCCAUUCCAGUCUCGACAACUGCGCAUUUCCCCUAUAUGACGCACCCUUCAGGUGAGGCGUGUGUGUGCAGGGGCCGCCGGGGCACCCCAAAGCAUUCUGCUCGCACAGGUGGAAUGGCAGGCAGGGCCAGUGCUUCAAGCCCACAUUUGAGAACUAGCAAGACCCAUCCAGGAGUGUGCACAGGAGGGACUGUGACGAUCAGUUUAGCAUCAGGGCCUGAGGCUUCCGGGAGCCGAGUCUGUGUGUGUUCUGAUGGUAUACAGGAUUUGGCUUGAUGAGAAGCAGCAGCAGCAGCAUUCUGUGUAGCUGAUGCAUGCCUAGGACUCAGUUGGCCUUCCUUGUUAUGAUAGGCUGGACAGGGCAGUGUUUUCCUUCCUGAGUCCCAAAAGUCUGACAUGUGGGGGGUUAUUACCAUGGCAGAGUUUGAUUGUAGCUCUGGAGAAGAUACUGCUGAGAAAGUGCUGUGGAUGGACUGGCUUUGAGUGUAGCGUUAGCCCCAGCCUAUUCCCUGACCAGGGGAGAGCGCCCUGUGAUCGUGCUCUACUACUUGAUGGCUGCCAUGGCGAUACUUCACAGUCUGACCUGUUAUUCUGAAAGCAGUACUGGUGCUUGGCUAAUAUUUGGGGAGGGGGGUUUGUUAAGGCCUUUUUUUCUAACCCAUGAACAAGUCUUCUGGGAGUUUUACCUGAAGUGGUUUUACGUCUGACUGGUUUGUUUCUACCCACCCACCCAACCCUCCCCACUUUGGUGCAGAUGGGAGGGGGGAAAAGUGAAUUCAAUUUUGAGUCUUGUUCAGCUAGCACGAGGAUAGUUUACAAUCAUGUGCUGCAGAGACACUAGGCUGAUGUGUAGUGUUGCCAGUUUUCUGUUUCAAUGUUCGCUUUUCUUUUUACAGUACAAGCCCACCACCAACAGCAGUUGUAAGGCUGCCCUGGAGGAACCGAAAGGCCAAAUUCCUUCCUCCCUUCUACUGCUUCUACCAACUGGAAGCACAGAAAACUAGAAUUUCAUUUAUUUUGUUUUUAAAAUAUA